AUGCUUGAAGCAAAAAUUGAACAGGCUGUUGUGCUUAAACGUGUGCUUGACGCCAUCAAGGAUCUUGUUGAACAUGCAAAUUUCGACUGCAAUGAAGAGGGCAUUCGCCUGCAAGCUAUGGACAGCUCGCAUGUAGCUCUCUCAGCCGUUGAGCUACGUGCUGACGGCUUUGAGGAGUAUCGCUGCGACCGUCCUAUGAGCAUUGGUAUAGCCAUUGCCAGCCUUAAUAAGGUCUUGCGCAGUGCCAACAACAACGAUAUCUUGAACAUGCGCAAGGCUGAUAAUGCGGAUAGCCUGCACCUGGUUUUUGAAGGCUCAAGCUCUGACCGCAUUGGUGAAUUUGAUCUUAAACUUAUGGACAUCGACACGGAGCAUUUGGGUAUUCCCGACACUGAAUACGACGCUGUUGUAAAGUUGUCCUCCAAUGAAUUUGCUCGUAUUUGCCGCGACUUGUCGAACGUGGGUGAAAGCGUUAAGAUUACUAUUACAAAAGAAGGUGUUACGUUCUCGACAGAGGGUGAAAUUGGAGAUGCGCGUAUGACUCUGAAGCAGGGCUCAGGUUCAAGUGCUCGUCUUGAGGAUGACGAUGACAUUGAUCCCUUGGACGACGAAGAGGGUGAUCGUUUCAGUAAAAAGCGCAAGACAUCAGCGGCUGGUAGCUCGACCACUGGUGCUGUUGUUCCCGUUGAAAUUCAACUUGAAAAGGCUGUGGCUCUUACUUUCAGUGUUCAAUACCUUGUCAACUUUACCAAGGCUGCCCCACUUUCAUCAGCUGUUACGCUUCACAUGGCUGAUAAGGUGCCUCUUUUGGUUGAGUUUGCAUUUGAGAAUGGGCAUGUGCGAUAUUACCUGGCUCCUAAGCUAGCGGAAACCGACGAUGAUUAA